CGCGUCUGCUCUGUUUUUUCUCCCUGCUGCAGCCGAAGUGAACCCAGCCAUAACCGAAGCCCCCAUCUGCAAAUUUGAAAAGCCGCCGGAUCUGCUCUGCUUCUUCCCCCUCUGCCGCCGGCUGCUACUGGUUUUUUUUCCUGGUAAAAUCAGCCCAGAAACUCCUCUUUUCAGCCUUGAUUUAUGUUAGGUCACUCUAAUCUUGUUGUUCUUUCAAUUGCUAGUGGCCCCGUGAAAGUCCCCCGAUUUUUCCCGUCGGCUCUCCCCCAUACCGCCAGCUCCAGCCUUGCUUGCUGAGCAUUUCUGGUCCUUGAUUGUCCUGAGGCCUUAGCACUGGGAUUAGGUCUUCUGUCCUGUGUAAUUAAGGUAAGUAAAUUUAUGGUAAUGCCCGUAUUGUUUUAAAAGCAUAUUUUGAAUUGUUUUUGAAAUGGUGGCGGGACUAAACCGUUUUAUGCAAAAGUAAAUAUGACUGAUUUAAAGUGAAGUUUUUAUGCUUUUCAUUAAAUUGAUCAUGCCUACUUGAAAUUUAAUUGAUUGUCCUAAUGAUUUGAAAGUGAUUGGUGAGUUAUGAUUUUUCUGUUAACUUUUGCCUGUUUUGUCUCCGAUGUGGUUAUGUUAUUACUGACCCUGCUAGCGGGGGUUAACGCUAGCACAUGUCAACAUGUUAUUGAUAGGACCGGUUCGUUUUACUGACCCUGCUAGUGGGGGUUAAACACCAGCAAAUACUGACCCUGCUAGUGGGGGUUAAACACCAGCAAAUACUGACCCUGCUAGUGGGGGUUAAACACCAGCAAAUACUGUAGCUUGCCAGUGGGAGGUUUAAACACUGGCCAUGACCUAUUGAGGAGACGUCUAUUUCUUCCCCAUACUGUAUCCGUUUUAAUUGUACUGUUGGCAUGCUAUCAGUUUAAUUGACUACUACUAAACUUUAUUCUGCAUAAGGGUUUAUCAUUGAUCAUUCCGUUUACGUUUAAACUGUUUAUUGGAAAUGCUCAAAUUUUACUC